GCUGCUAUUUUUUCUCUCCCUUCGUCAGACCAAGAGAGAGGGAGAGGGUGAGAGAGAGACGCAGAGGAGGCAGCAGCAGCAGCGUGGCGACGCCCAAAUCGCGCGAUUCGAUCGAGGCUCCUCGCCUCGAUUCGCCGAAUCCCAAUCCGAGCCCGCCAAUUGGGCGCCCCGCCCACGCAAAGGAUAAAGGAAAGAGCAAAAUUGGCGCGUUGAGAAGUCCAACUGCAUUUUUCUUAGAUCACAGAUGAAGCGGGCUCGAAGGCGUAUGUGGGAGAGAUGACUGAUGAGGGAUGCUAGUGACAUUGAUGAACUUGUUACGGGCGUGCUGGCGACCGUCAUCAAACCGGCAUGCCCGAACAGGCUCAGAUGUUGCCGGUAGGCAGGAUGGACUUUUAUGGUACAAGGAUACUGGACAGCAUGUAAAUGGGGAGUUCUCCAUGGCCGUAGUUCAGGCCAAUAACUUACUUGAGGACCAGUGUCAGAUUGAGUCAGGUCCAUUGAGCUUUCUUGAUUCUGGCCCAUAUGGCACUUUUGUUGGGGUUUACGAUGGACAUGGUGGUCCAGAGACGGCUUGCUAUAUCAACGAUCAUCUCUUCCAGAAUCUGAAAAGGUUUGCAUCUGAGCAGAAUUCGAUGUCUACUGAUGUACUGAAGAAAGCAUAUGAAGCUACAGAAGAUGGAUUCUUCUCUGUUGUUACCAAACAAUGGCCUGUAAAGCCUCAAAUAGCGGCUGUUGGCUCAUGUUGUCUGGUUGGUGUAAUUUGUGGUGGCAUGCUUUAUGUUGCCAACGUUGGGGAUUCCCGUGUUGUCUUGGGAAGACAUGUUAAGGCAACUGGAGAAGUUUUGGCUGUCCAACUGUCAGCAGAGCAUAACGUAAGUAUUGAGUCAGUGAGAAAGGAACUGCAGUCAAUGCACCCGGAAGAUAGGAAUAUUGUCGUUCUCAAGCACAAUGUUUGGCGCGUAAAAGGCCUAAUUCAGGUCUGCAGAUCAAUUGGCGAUGCUUAUCUCAAGAAGCAAGAGUUCAACAGAGAACCUCUAUAUGCAAAAUUUCGCCUCCGAGAACCUUUUCACAAGCCCAAACUAAGUUCAGAACCAUCAAUCAGUGUGCAACCGCUACAACCACAUGAUCAGUUGCUCAUAUUUGCAUCUGAUGGACUUUGGGAGCACUUAACCAACCAAGAGGCUGUUGAUAUUGUUCACAGUAGCCCUCACAGUGGAAGUGCUAGGAGGCUCAUAAGAGCAGCGUUGCAAGAAGCAGCCAAGAAAAGGGAGAUGAGGUACUCCGAUCUCAAGAAGAUUGAUCGUGGUGUUCGUCGCCACUUCCACGAUGACAUAACAGUCAUAGUAGUGUUCCUCGACUCCAGCCUUGUAAGUAGGGCGAGCACGCACCGAGGUCCUGCUCUUUCCCUGAGAGGCGGCGGUGUCAACCUGCGCAGCAAUACCCUCGCACCUUAUUCGUCGCAGACAUGAUCCCGAAUGCCUGGUGGAGACGACACACCUGACUGAAGAAGGUUUUCUUUCUUUGUGUUAAAUGUGCCAUAUAUCGGCCAAGAUCAUCCCCUCAAUGAUGUAAAGAAAUAGGAGAGGCACCGAAGCUCUUCUCCAGCCUUUUUAAUCCCAUCACAGUAAUGUAUGGGUUGACUCGAAUCAAUAGCUGCUCUGUUCUGCUGAUGCUCCGUGGAAAGCGCAAAAUCUUUCCACCUGAAAAAGCAACCAUGUCUUCCACUGCAGGAAUUAACCCCAGUGCAUAUAUUAAAUAAUAAGAAGCCAAAAGGAGUAACUUAUUAACUGUAUGUGUGUGUAUGUAUGCAUACUGUUUUGAGUUUUGACUGGUACAUCUACUGCUGUGUAUUGACCGCUUUGAAGUGAAGUUGCUAA